UUUCAGACGAUGGUUUAACGCUACAUUCAAUUAAUCACGAAAUACAAUAAUGGAUAUGAGUGAGGAUGACGAGAAUGUGGUACAAACAAUUUAUCCAAUAACGUUUGAUUCGAUCGAUAUCGACGAUCACAUACAUUGCGCAUAUUGCUUCUGUGUCGAUUGUCAAUACAACCGUUGUGCAUUGCGUUCGUGUCCUGAAUGUCAUGCUAUAUUGCAUGGUUGUAAACUUGAGGAUCAUUUGUUGAUCUGUGCCAAGGCCUACGUUCCGUGCUUGUGCGCAGCAUUCGGUUGUCCAGUAUUGCUACGACGUGAUCGAAUGUCACAACAUUUGAAGCAUUGCUGUGCAUCCUCAAUAUGUUGUGCCGUACAGUGGAAUAGACGAACGCUUAGUAAUCACGCAAAACGCAAGUUGAAACGUUUCGCAAAGGGUCUAGAACAAUGGGAAAUAGAGCCUGAAAUGGAUGAUCGUGAAAUUGAUGUUUGUGCCGCAUUGGUUGAUCAGGAAGCAGUAAUCGGUUCUUACCAGACAAGUCGGAAAGAUCGAAAACGUCUAACUGAUUUCCAGAAUCCAUGUCAUCCACUGAUGCCACUGAGAUUAUCGCUCGAAAAGUUAUCUCGUUUCGCAGACGAAGACAGCAGUGACGAAGAAAACAGACAAAAGGAAAUUCAAUUAAAGCUUAAGCGUUCUCCAUUUGAAAAUUGUUAUUUGUGCAAAUUCGAUCCAGCUAGUCAACAUCUUCACGUAUUGGGUAACAUUAGUUUCGAAGGACAUGAAAAAGCUGGUGAGGAAGUGAUAUCACCUGUGAUACCACCCGUUAAAGUGUCACUUUUGCCACCAUUCUAUGAAAUGAGGCAUUUAUGUUUGAAUAUUGGACGUGAACGUUUCUCGGUAUUCGCUCGAAAAGGUGAGAAUAUGCCAUAUGUUCAAAAAGGGAUUUCGGUUUAUACGUUUUGCUGUAACGAAAGCUUUCGUCGUGAUGAAUAUUGUACACAUUAUGAAUUGUCACAUAUGGAAAUUGAUGACUGUAUAGGACGUUGCCCGAUGUAUAUCGAUGGUUGCCCCUUCUAUUAUUGUAAAGUAAAACCAUGUUGGGGAGAGUUAAAGUAUAAUCGCUAUCUGAAUUGUGUCGUGCAUCGUCCACCCGAACCAUCAAUUUUACCAUCUGAUGGCUCACCAUUGUACGACUUGCCACCAAUAAUGCUGAUUGAAAUUUUGCAAUAUUUGGAUAGUGCAUCAUUGCGUUGUUUAUCAUCAACAUGUAAACACAUGCGACUGAUGUGUUUCAAAGUGGCUUCUGAUUCCGCAAUGGUACACAUCAAAUGGGAACGAGCUGAAAACGGAAGUUGGUCAGAAAAAUGUUUUAUGUGGGAAUUCAGUAAAUGUCAAAAGCCAAUUAAUGAAUGGAAGAAUACGAGUCCGACUGUUUUAAGCAGCCAUUUGUCUGAAUGUAAAUUUAAUGUUCCGAAAAAACUCAAUCAUGAUCGAAUCGCUUUACUUCCGGCUGUCAAACAAGCAUUUUCAGAAACGAUUCAUCCAAUUGGGGAUCGAAAUCAAUUCCGUGUAGAGCAAAUUGUACAAUCUAUUAGGUUUUGA